AUGUCUCAGCUUCUCUUCAUCAUUGCUUCCUCUCUCUGCUUCCUGAUCAUCAGUACCUCCAAUGGCGGCAAGGACAUAGAUUCAUGCCCUUGGCACAUGUGUGGCGACGUUAACAUUAGCUACCCGUUUUGGCGAGUAGACACCACAACCUCGAGCCAGCACUGCGGUUACCGGGGCCUCGGCCUCAACUGCUCGAGCUCUGACCAGCUCAUCAUCAACCUACCCAACAACGACGCUUACAGCGUUAUAAAUAUAAAUUAUGACAAUAACACCCUCAUUCUCGUCAAUGUCCAUGCUACCACCGACCCAUACUGCCCCAGGCCGCGUCACAACCUCAGUCUUGACACUUGUACUGUUCCAUUGUUUCACUCCCAAUCAGAUUUGAACGUUAAUUUUUACUUCAAUUGCAGUGGUUACCCUACAGAUGAUCCUCCUAUACGGUGCUUGGGAUUUGGUUUGAACAAGUCUUCCUAUGUUUUCGUGGCCGGAACAGAGCCUAACGUUAAUAAUUGGUACGAUUACUGUGAGGAGAAAGUGGUGACAACUGCGAUGGAGAACCCGAUGAUCCAAAAUAUUUCUUCUGUGUUCACGAGUAUGGUUGUUUGGGUCAUGAACAACGGGUUUAUGCUCAAUUGGGGGACGGUGAAAGAGUGCGGUGCGUGCGAGGCGUCUCACGGGCGCUGUGGCUACGACAACUUGACUAGAGAGUUGUUGUGCUUUUGCCCCGAUGGCACCACUCAAGGACAAUACUGCAAAAAAGUUGCUUUGGUUUCUCUCAAGGCCGAUCCAGAUGACUGCAAUGUUUUUGCUGCAGGAGUUGUUUUGGGCGGAAUUGGAAUAUUACUACUAAGUAUCAUUUUGUGUUGCACUACAUCAAAAACCUCUUCAUAUAGAUCAAUCAUAUUCUGGAGGAAGAAAAUAAACUAUAAUCAGAAUCUUGAGGCCUUUAUUAAGAACCAUGGAUCUCUAUUUCCCAAAAGAUAUAAAUAUUCAGAUGUUAAGAAAAUGACAAACAAUUUCAGAGAUAAACUUGGUCAAGGAGGAUAUGGUUGUGUGUACAAAGGAAAACUACUUGACAGUCAUCUUGUAGCAGUGAAGCUCCUUGAUGAAUCCAAAGGAAAUGGAGAAGAAUUCAUCAACGAGGUUGCAAGUAUCAGUAGGACUUCACAUGUUAAUGUUGUCACUCUUUUGGGGUUUUGUGUUGAAGACCGUAAAAGAGCUCUCAUUUACGAAUUCAUGCCUAAUGGAUUUCUUGAAAAAUUUAUAUACAGUGAAGGCCUUUUGAAGACCAAUGGGCAUUUGGGUUGGGAAAAACUGUAUCAAAUUUCAAUUGGGAUAGCUCGAGGACUUAAGUACUUGCACCGUGGGUGUAACCAACGGAUAUUGCAUUUUGACAUAAAACCUCACAAUAUUCUUCUUGAUGAAGAUUUUUGUCCUAAGAUCUCCGAUUUUGGGCUUGCAAAACUAUGUACUAAGAAAGAGAGCAUUAUAUCAAUGUUGGAAGCUAGAGGGACGGUAGGGUAUAUUGCUCCUGAAGUGUGCUGCAGAAACUUGGGAGGAAUAUCGCACAAGUCUGAUGUCUAUAGCUAUGGAAUGAUGAUAUUAGAAAUGGUUGGAGGAAGAAAGAAUGUUGAUGAUGGGGCGAGCCAUACCAACAAGAUAUAUUUUCCACAUUGGGUCUAUAAGCACCUUAAGCUAAAUGAAAAGUUAGGAUUUCAAGAUGACAUGACCGUGGAAGAAAACGAAAUGGCAAUGAAGAUGAUAUUAGUAGGGUUGUGGUGCAUACAAACCUAUCCUUUACAAAGGCCAUCAAUGAGUAAGGUGAUGGAAAUGCUGGAAGGUGGCAUAGAGACCCUGGAAAUUCCACCCAGACCCUACUUAUAUUCUCCUUCAAAAUCAGCAGCAACGGAAUAA